AUGGAACUGAAAGAGAUUCGUCCCGCUAUCAACGGUGUUCCGCGGGAUGCAAACCAAUCCGGUUCAACCGCCAGCCUGUUCGUGAUGAGCCGGUUCGAAAAGCUGACCUUAGGCGAACCACGCAACAAACAGUCGGCAGUUGAGCGGGCCAGCAGUGUGGAACCGGCGGAACAACGGAACCACCUGGAGAUAACGGGCUACCGAUGGUUACGUGUCGUAGGUCAGGGUUCGUUCGGUGUUGCCUUCCUCUACGAACGGCAAUCCGAUGGCCAACAGGUGGUUAUGAAGCAGGUGGCGCUUGGUGAGCUGACCGCUUCUGAGCGCGAGAUGGCCAUGAACGAGGUGGACGUGUUCUCGAAGCUGCACCAUCCGAACAUCAUCGCUUAUCUGGGUUCGCGGGUACACGGUGAUCGAUUACUUAUCGAAAUGGAGUACGCCGACGGUGGCACGUUGGCGCAGAUGUUGGCCCAGCGUGCUGCCGGUGAGUCUCUACCGGAACGGUUCGUUUUAACCAUCUUCGAACAACUGGUCAGUGCCAUCGCUUACUUGCACUCGCAGAGCAUCCUGCACCGUGAUCUGAAGACAGCGAACGUGUUUCUGCAUCGCAAGGGCACGGUGAAGCUGGGCGAUUUCGGUAUCUCUAAGAUUACCAGCACGAAGGUGCAUGCCCAGACGGUGCUCGGAACACCGUUCUACUUCAGUCCGGAAAUGUGUGAAGGCAAAACAUACGAUGAAAAGAGUGAUAUCUGGGCCCUCGGGUGCAUCCUGGGAGAGGUGUGUUGCCUCAAGAAAGCAUUUACUGCGUCCAACCUAUCGGAACUGGUUUCGAAAAUUAUGACCGCCGAAUAUGUUCCCCUACCCGAUAGCUACUCGCAAUCGUUGCGCCAAGUUCUCUCGUUACUGUUUCGGAUUGACCCAAUAGCGAGGCCAUCGGCUACGGAACUACUGCAGCAUUGGCUGCCAAUCAUUUAUCGUGAUUUGGAUUCCAUCGAGCACAAGCCUCAGCCAACAGCGAAUGAUAGCGAUGAAAAGUAUGCACCAACGAAAGCAUCAUCAACUCCUUGCAUCUCCCGGCAGCGGACAGUUCUCUAUCAGCUCCACUCGUUCGGUCAAUCUUCAUCUUUGGCACCAUUGCCAUUACCACCAACGCUCAACAUCCGACAGAUAGCUACUCGUGGCCAUCAUUUUGUCGCCGUAAUGGAAGAAGGCACCGUGUACAGCUGGGGUGAAGGGGAGAAGGGUCAGCUAGGACAUGAUGCGCUCGAAUCCUGGCACCACAUUCCGAUGCGGAUCGAAGCCGUGAGGCAGCAUACCGUUAUCGGGGCGGCAGUUGGCCAAGGUUUCACUUUACUUUGGACGCAAACAGGAGCCUUGCUUAGCUGCGGUGACAAUAGCCUCGGUUGUCUGGGCCACGGCAACACAACGUCACUGCUCGUACCACAGCAGAUAGCGAAGCUGGAACGCUACACGAUCGCACAGGUAUCCUGUGGUACCACACACGUCCUAGCCCUUACCGAAACCGGCAUCGUGUAUAGCUGGGGAACGAGUACAACCGGCGCUCUGGCGCUUGGUAAACGACUCCAUACGGCCCUAGAACCGGAACGUGUGCUGCUACCACAAACGGUACAGAAUGUACGCGAGCUGCACGCCGGUCCGGACUGUACAAUCCUGAUAACGCGUGAAGGUGAUUGCUAUUGCUGUGGUAGCAAUGCCGGAAACCGGUUAGGCCUUGGCCGGAAGGUGCCCGAGACGGCAACUUUACGCAAAAUCAGUAUUGCUCAAGGGCAUCCGAAGAUACUGGCCGUCAGUGUGGCCGAGAUGCAUGCCGCGUUUCUGGUCGAAGGAGGAUACCUUGUAACGCUCGGUGACAAUCGUUACGGUCAACGUGGGGUAGAACAUCGGAGUGAACUCCUGCAAUCGACGAUUGUCCGCCAGCUAGAAUCCCGUUAUAUCGUGAGUGUACGAUGUAGCGAUACGUACACGGUUGCCAUUACGGAGGACAAUUGCGUAGUGCUUUGGGGAACUCGCAUGGGUACAUCGGACACGGCUGCAGAUGGGGUGAUCAACAACAACAGCCUUCGCACCGGUCCCAACAGGGUUAAGCAACACGACGGCGAAUCUCUGGCAACCUAUGCAAACAGUACGGCAGCGUUAACGGAGAUUCUCACGUCCAUCUACAAACAGGAGACAAUCUUCACACCAUCGGAUGUGUUGGCGUUGUACUCAUCCAAGGAACAACAGCAUUUGGGCUCGUACGUGAAGCUACUCGAUGUUCAUCCGCUACAGCAUAGUCUACUCGUACUGAUCGAAACCAACUGUCCCAUGGUCUCCACAAUAAAACGACUGCAGACAGCAACAACAGAACACAAACUGGUGGCCUAUAGUUCGUUUGAUUGA